GACUAUACAGGAACUGUCAACCGCGUCACCUCAAAGUUUCUAAAUAAUUUUCGCAAUGUCUCGUAUAGUGAAAAAGUUUAAAAUUAGGUAGUGAUACCAAUAGUUUCAAAGAUGAACGGUGAAGAUGACCAUUGGUCUCUUUACUCAGCUUCCCAACACUUGCCCGCUGUUUUAACAGAUCCCAACAAGGGAAAACAAGCAAAUUUUUUUACUAAGACUUGGGGAGAUACUUUUGUAGAGAAAUCAGUUAUAGAGAAGAGCCCGUUUUUACCUGAGAUUACAUGGGCGCAUUUUGAGGGAUACUUAAAAAAAUAUGGAAAACGGUAUAAAAAGCACAGUGAUAAUAAGAGGAUAAAGUUCGAGAAUAAUCAUAUUAAAAUCAAAACCCAUAGUCUGAACACUGAAGGCAUUCCUGACAUAUAUUUAAGGCAGCAUCUGAAUUUACAUGAUCCAAAAAUAUUUCAAGAUGUUUUUCAGACAAAGAAAACUGAACAUGAACUACAAGAUGAGCUCAGCCAUCAUUUAGAUAUAGUAGAGGAACAAAUUGCCCAGCAAGUAUCUCAAAAAUCUGGUGCAUUCUUCCAUGCUAUGACAUCCCAUGAUAGUAUUAUGGAGCAAAUGGGCAUUGCUCUAGGGGAAGUAAAAAGCCUGCGAUCUAAAGUACAAAGGGUGGAUAAAGCCUUGGCUAGAGAUUCCUUGAGACUGAUUGGAUUAGCAAGAUCAAAAUCCAACAAUGUGGCUUUGUUAGAUAAAUUAAAAUUAAUGGCAACAGUGUUGCAGACACAGCCAACUUUACAGCUUUUGCUGAGUUCUUCAGAUUACGUAGGUGCUUUGGAACUUAUAUCCGGUACUCAAGAAGUUUUAGCAAAAGAGUUAGCUGGGGUCACAAGUCUUAGACACCUUCCUUCUCAGCUCAAGGAAAUGCAAAAACUGAUAGACAAAAUGCUAAGCACCGAAUUUGAACGCUACGCUGCCGCGGAUCUUCAUAGGCCGUUGGAUUUUGAAAGUGCAGGUGUUUUAGAACCCGAAAGAUUAGUAAGCUUAGUGGCUGGUCUGCUGAGACAAAAUCAUUUGCACUUUUUAGAAGUUUAUAAACAGGAAGCGGUAACAGCAGCUCAAGCCCUUCUUAAACAACUUAUGAUCGAGCAGUUAGCAGAUGCAGAGGAUGAACUCAACGAGCUGACUGGAUCCGGAGAAAUAGCACCAAGUAUGGACGCAGCCCAUUGGCUGCGGGUUAUUAGAUCUGCAAGUGCGGCCUUAACGAAAAUCGUGGAACGUGUGAAAGCUGUUCAUGAUGUCAUCAAAGAAACUGCAGCAGCCAGUGCCGGCCUAUCAUCAUUGGAAACAUCAACAAGCAUAUCCUCCACGCCAACAGAAAAUUUCCUCACACUCGAGGAACACAAUCGUAUAGAAUUAAAGUUACGCGAUCUCCUUAGUUCAGUUUGCGAUUACUGCAACGAGAGAAUCGCAUCUCUAGUCAGUACUCAAUCGGAUAAACAAACAGUAACGUCUGCUCAAGUUAUAGAACUAUCUAAUAUUGUCGAAAGUUUUACGGAAAUGUGCGAAAGGACAUGUGGCGGACGUCAAAGCGCGGCUUUGAAGGCGGCGUUUAAAAUUCAGGCAGGAAAUUAUGUACAUAAGUUUCACACACAACGGAAAAAUAAGUUACAACUGCUGCUAGAUGCUGAAAGAUGGAAAGUGGCGGAAGUACCUUCCGAAAUACAGAUUUUGGUAGAUAAAUUAGCUUCAGGGGAGCCUAUCAAGUCCCUACCGUCUUCUCCGAGCGAAGAAGAUAUAACAACGAACCGUUAUAAUUUAAAACCAACCCCAUAUAUCAAAAUCGGUACUCAAAGCUACUACACCAUCGGUGCUCUCCUCAUCCUCAUUCGAUUAAUCAGCGAAUAUUGUGUUUGUUCCUACGACCUUCAAUUAUUGGCUCCUGUGGUAGCCAGAAAUCUGACUGACCUGCUCAAAACCUUUAAUUCACGAUCCUGUCAACUAGUAUUAGGUGCAGGUGCUCUUAGAACGGCAGGAUUGAAGACUAUAACCUCAACUAAUUUAGCGUUAGCAUCUAGGUCUUUACAAUUUUUAGUAUGGAUGAUACCAUUACUUAGGGCACAUUUUAAAACACUCACCAUUGAGGCGUUAAGUGGCUUUGAUUUGGUUGAAAAAGAUAUUGGGCAUCAUAUUCGACAAUUAGAGACAAAGGUAUUGUCUAUAAUGAAUACGUUAUUAGGGGAUCAGUUGGGCGAAUGGGAUGCUAAACCUCCAGUACCUUCAAAACAGUUUAGGAAUAUUUCGAGACAUUUGACGAAGUUACAUGAGGCUGUGAGCGCUGUGUUGCCAGAUGAACAGGUGACGGACAUAUACGAGGUAAUACAUAAAAACUUUAAAAACCGUCUAAGGACCACUUGACGAAAAUGAACAUCCAGAACAACGGUGGACCUCAACACGGUGUCGUAACCACAGAAGUAAUAUUUUAUCUCGAAACUAUGAAAACAUUAAAAGUUUUACCGGAGAAAUAUUUGUCUGAUAGUGCCAUGGAUGAUAUAUGGACCAGGUAGGGAAAGAUUGAUAGAUUUUUGUUAAAGCUGAUGAUACAUUUUAAAAAAGAACUGAGAAGAAAAAAUGAUGGUUACCAAUAGUUAGCGUGUAUAGGUAAUUGACAAUUGUCAGAAUGUAAGGUUUGUUUACAAGGUAUUUUGGACGAGUUAUAUACAAUUGGGCAUCAAUGUUUCACCACUUGUCUGUUUUUUACUUGUUCUUCCAGUUCUCGACCUUUAUUUGGUUUAAAGUAAACUCUAUAAAGGUUGUCGUUUAAUUGUUGUUCGCGCAACUUUUCUCCUUUUUCUUAUCGUUGUGUUUAGUAUGUUUGGGACGCUCUAUUAUGCGGAGGUCUUGUUACGUAUUCCAGUUAUCGGAUUCGAUUCGUUUUCAAUCCAAUCCCGUACAGUUACUUUUUGUAUCAACAUUUUUGUUGUUUAUAUUGUGCUAUGCUCGAAAGGGUAUAAGGUUUCCAUCAGAAAAGUAAUCUGUACUUUAUGUUAUCUGAACAUAUCGUCAAGGAUGCGUCCAUUAUAACAGUAAAGUUCAGAGGGUGAUUGAUAUUUCUCUAAUAUUAAUAUUAAUUACCAAUUCACUAAUUUCUUUAAGUUUCCUGAUACUACAGACUGUCCGACUGUAGCGAAAAAGCUGACAAAAGCAAAUAAUAAAAAAUUUCUCGUUCACAAUACUUAACGAACAUCACGUUGCCUAAGUCAGGGAGCUUCAUUGGGGAGGAUAAGGAUAUAAAUGAUAAAAAAGUACAGAUCAAAGAUUGAUAGAUAAACGAAGAUGGAUAGGGACAACUGGAAAGACAUUCUUGAGGAGGCUAGGACCCACCCAGGGUUGUAAAGUCAGAAUAAUGAUUAAAUUAAAUACAUAUUUCUCUCAAAAACAUCAAUAAGAAAUACGUUAGAAAACAUAUCAGCAAAUUAUCAACAAAAAUCAUGAAAAUCGACAUAUUCACCCAUAAGCUGAAAAAAGUUUACAUAUUCAAUAAAAUACUAAAAAAGAUUUAUAUCGUCUCUACAAAAAUAAAAUGAUAAACGUCAAAAAAUUGUUUAUUAAUACUCAAACAUAAAUCUAUUAACAAAUAAAACAGAUUGUAAUUUUUAAAUAAUUGAAAUAAUCUUAAUACGUAAAAUAAAUUAAUUAAAACUUUAAAUAUCUAAACAUAACAAAAUGUUAAUGAGAUGAAUAUUUUACUGCAACCUGAAAGAAUCCUAUUUAUAUGUUUAUACUAAAAUUAACGUUACUAAAUUAUAUGGUACAUCUACUAACAUACAUACUAAAAAAAACUAAAAAUAGUACACUAAAAAAAACGUUGCUGAUUGUCAAUAAAAAUAAGCAAAUUUAAUAAUAAAAGCUAAUGUCUCUGAACAAAAAAAAACAGCAAUAUGAAAUAUUGCACCCACGUAAAAGUUUGUAUAUCCUGGCAGACAGGGCCACUGGCCUAGAGAAUAACAGAUGUCGAAAUCCAACGGAAACAGGUAGUAAAUUACAUCAUACUUGAUCGGAAUCCCUUUUCUAGUAAACCAGAAUAAAGUGUGGUUUACCUCAUCGGUAGAAUAAAGUGAAUUGCCAGUCGGACUCUAUAAAUAUACAUAAAAAGGAUCUCUUAAUAUUGCAAUCCAUACAGCAACACUGGAAGAACGUAGCACCUCACUAUCCGCAUCUUGGUUCCCAAACUGAGAUCACUGCAGCACAGCAAGGUUCUCAACUUAAUAAAUGUAGACCGUGACAUUUCAAUUCUGGAUCUAAUCUCUUGAGUGUAGUCCCAUUGUGAGUUGAGGGUAGUUCCGAGGUAAGUGAAUCUGUCGACUCUCUGGAUCUCUUCGCUACCUGCCAUUAGUGCCCCGGAUCUAAAUUUGUACGGCUGACAACCAUGAAUUUAGUUUUCUUGAUAUUAAGGUUCAGUCCUUAUGUUACGCUUACAGUUCGCACUCGGUCUAGUAAGGCCUGCAGAUCGUUUAGGCUGGUUGCUAGUAACACAGUGUCAUCGGCGUAGCGGAUAUUAUUGAUGUAUUCACCCUUCACUCGGAAUCCCAUCUCUAGAUUUGUGAGGGCUACGUAGCAUAUAUUUCUUGAGGGUUUCUUGUUAAAGUCGCUCUGUUUGCCUGACAUUACUAUUCUAAUCGAAUUUUUGCUUACUUUCAUACUAAAUGAUGUUUAUUUUAAAUCUUAUAACUUUUUAUAUUUCUCAAGUUUUAUACUUUGUAUUUGAAAUUAAAAUAAUGAAAAAAAGAACGAAAUUAAACUGGAUGAUAAAAAACCUAAAAAGUAGAAAAAUAUACACAUCUAAGUAAAUGUUACUUGAUAAAAAUGAUUUUAAAAAACCUAAAAAAUAGAAAAAUACACAAUAAAAAAGUGAUAUGAAAAACAGAAUAAAAAAAACACAAGUAUUUUUGAAGUGUUCUAUUAUAUAUAGGCAGACAUGCGAAUGUGACAAUAAAAAUUGUAAAAAAUGAUUCUAACAAAUUUAAUUACUGGGCAAAAAUCUUUUGUUUGUUGCUAAUUCGUUAGUUUUGUUGGAAAAUGGAAAUUGAUUGGAGUAUCUACAAAUACAAUGGAGAAAACACAAAAGAGAGAACAAAAUAUGUGGAAAAGAAGUUGAACCGGAAACAUAGAGGAAUAUUAAAAAUAUAACUUUGGUCAAGAAAGAACUACCUACAUAAAAAAACAGAUUCCGAACUAAUGGAAUUUAACUUAAUCUGUUGAUCAACUAUUGAAUGUUGAACGGAAUGUUUGAUAGAUAUAGACUAAAAAACAACAAAACUGAUAUAUGUAGUUAGUUGAAGUAAAUACAUACAAUGAUUCUUUAGAGAAUUAAUGCUAUACCUCUGAAUAACGCUCAGUAUUUCGGUAUUUGUGCUAGUGGUUGAAUCGUCUGAAUGCUGACUUCUACCUUGUGAUAUAUUAUUGACUUAACUUCUCGAGAAGAGAGAUAUAAUAUAAAUAAGUGAUAGAUUCGACCGUUACUUGAUGGAAAUUAAUUUUAUAUAACAAUUAAACACCGAAAACUUUGUUUCCAAAACUUCCACAAAAUUUAUUAUAUUUUAUUACUACAGCUGUUUCGACAGAGUGCCUUUCUCUCAACGACUUAGGGCACUCUGCCGAAACAGCUAUAGUUAUAAAAUAUUAUAAUAAAUUUUGUGGAAGUUUUGAAAAUAAAGGGUUCAGUGUUUUAUUGUUAUAUAUAAUAUAAAAUUAUUAAUACAAUCAUUUUAUUUCUCAUAAAAGUUGCAAGAAUCAUUUAUUUAAUAACAUAUUUUUCAAUGGAAAAGAGUAAGCAGUUCUACAUCUAUUAGCAGAUAUAAAUAAUAAGAAAAGCAGUGUUCAACAAGUGUCGGCAACCUAAAUUGUAACAUUUUGUUGUGUUUUUUUUACAUUGACAUUUUGACAUAAGUCAUUAAACAUUUUUAUAUUGUGGUCACUUUCAAAAUCAGAGGUAUGUGGAAUUGCUCGUAUAACUCGUUCAAAACUUCUUGGAUACUCCGCGAAAAUUAUAGAGAAAAAUAAUAAAAUUAAUGUUUAUUUCAGUCCGUUUCGGUCUUGAUUUGUGAUACUUUGUCAUUCUAUCUGUAUAUUUUUUUACAUUUUCCAAAAAUUACUAGGUACAUAAUAUAGCUAAUAAUGCUUGUUGUUUUUAUAUGUAAGUAUAGUUUACACUUUAAUGUGUUCAUGAGGUCUGUGGUGGCUAGAUGGGCUAAAUUUUACAGGAUGUUACAAAACGUACAUAUUAUGAUGUAAUAUCUUCUUUUAACUUUGACGUUGAAAGUAGGUAUAACAAUUAAAAUUGAUUAAAAAUUUAUAUAAUCAAACUAUUGACUUGGUUAUAAUUUAUUUACAAAAAUAAAUAUUUACGUAAGAUUUGCAAGAAUUAAGGUUGUCCAAACCGGCCUAACGUCCUUGUUGGACAAUUUUCCAUCUCUUUUGCAUGAGUUGCAUUCUACGUUCAUACAAAAAUUUAAAAUUUUUUUUUAUAAAAACCUAAUUUAAUAUCAAAAUAUUUAAUAAUUAAUUAGUAAGCCGAUUAGCAUUGAGAAAUUUGGAAACUGAUAUCUUACAAUAAUUCUUUAACUCAAACUUUAUUUACACAAUUAAUUUUAAACAACAAUUUGUUCAAAUUUUUAUAUAAAUAUUCUUCACACGGAAUAAUUUUUUAAAUAUUCUUGAUUUGUAGUAUCUGGUAUCUGUAUUGAGUAUCAACAUUGAAUUUGUUUGCAAUUUGUUAGUGUAAUACAAUUUUUGUAUUUUAUAAUAUUUUAUUAUAGUAGAGCACUAAAGAAAUCAGGUUUUGCAUUCAAUAUAUUGUACUACUACUAAAUAAAUAAAUAAAUAUAAGGAUUUUUCAUGGACGUAGAAAAUAUUUUUAUGUUUAUCGUUAUUUAUUUAUUUAUUGUAUUUUUAAUAACAGAUUAAGUACUUAUUUAUUAUUUCUUAUAUAGUCCAAAAUAAAUCAUUUAUAAUUAACAUUUAAGGUACUAUCAUUGUCUAGAAUGCUAAAAAAUGACAUAUGUUCAACAAUUUUUUUUGUAUCUAAUCUAAUAUAUAGUACAAUCAAACUUUUUGUAUAUUAUUAUACAACUUUUUUUUACUUUUUUUUCAUUGUCCCAGUAUUUUAAAGAUGCCGCCAAAAUAUUUUUCGUCGAAAAAAUUACUGCUCCAUGGCGUAUAGUUAAUCUCUGGAACGACAACUCUUUAAUAUAAAAUUUAAGUAGUUUAGCAGAAAAAUAAAAAAUCCUAAAAAAAAUAAAAUGGCGGAAAUUUGAAAAAAAUUUUUAAAAAUUUUAUUUUUUUAUUUAAAAAUUUUCGACUUUUGUCGCCACAAAAAUUUUCAAAUUGUGGUAAAAUAUCAUAAAGAAAACCAAAACAAACAAAAUGUAUCAAAGUUUAUUAAAAUUAACCGACUAGAUCCAGAGAUUAAAGAUUUUGAGAAAAACUACGUUUUUAAAACUGGCGGACACUUAUCUUCUGAAAUAGUCGGUCGAUUUUAAUAAACCUUUAUGCAUUUUCUUUGUUUUGGAUUUCUCUAUGAGUUUACUACAAUUUGACAAAAAUAAACAUUGUUGUGACUAAAAAAAGUAAAAAAAGAUUCAUUUUUGAACAAUUUUUUCAAAUGUCCUCCAUUUUGUUUUUUUUUUGAGAAUUUUCAAGUUUUCUGGUAAACUAUCAAGUAAGGGCUCUUCUUUUUUAAAACCCUUCUCGAAUUUUAUAUUUCAGAUUUGUUGUUGCAGAGAUUAACCAUCCAUCAUAAAGCAGAAAUUUUUUGGAGGAAAAAUUUUUGGCGCUACCUCUAAAAUACAGGAACAAUGAAAAAAAAUUUGUAAUUUUCAAAAGUUGAAUAAUAAUAUAAAAAAAAAGUUUGAUUGCCAUAUAUAAUGAUAGAUGCAAAAAAAAAUGUUGAAAAUAUGUCUCAUUUUUUAGCAUUCUAGACGGUAUUUACUGUAUGUACUGCUAUCUUAAAAUAAAAUUUGCUUCAGCCAAGCAGUUUGGAUUAAAAAUCAUUGCCAUAAUUUUCACGGUAUUAUCAUGAGUAGCCGUGUUGAGUCCACUGCUGAACGUAGGCCUCCCAUACAUAGUGUUUCCGGUCUUCUUUCAUGUUGUUGGAGGACGUCCGCCAUUACCGUACGGAUGUUUCUAAGUAUCCAUUCUAAUAUCCUUAAUCCUCCUUAUAAUAAUCCUUCUUUUAACUAUUUGAUUUGACACUCUGUCUUUGAGGGAUAUAUUCAACUUUGGUAUAUCCAUUGCUCUUUGUGCCACUCUUAAAUCCAGCUUAUAAUAAUAGUAGCAUAUUUUAUUUUUGUGUGCAUAACCCAGAAUGAAUUACUCUCUUUUUCUCUCAUGCUCGUUGUUUUCGUACUUUUUAAUUUUUAUUUUGAUGGAUGUCUUCCACAAUAUUCUAUUUUUACACCUCCCAUACUUUUAGUGUUAAAAAUAAAGUUAACCGCUACAUAUGUCUAUAAUCGUAACUAUAGCGUUAUAAAUUGUAUGUUUGUUUCGAGGUGUAUCUAUCCCAGAUUAUUUUUAUAUUGUUUUUGAUAUCUGCAACCAUCUCACCAUCAUUUAUCGUGCAGAUACUGGGCCUUAUCAUUUUUGUAUUGUUGGUUAUUUUAAUUUUUCCUUGAUAAUCUAACAUCUUUUUUAUGUAACAUACCAUUGAGCUUUGGUUAUAAUUCAGAGAGCUUUGUUUGGGAUCUUUGUAUGAUUUUUGAUGAUCACAAUUGGAUUACAUGAUGGGAAGCAAGUACUGCGUUGGUUUUUAAGGUUGGUAGAUCUGUGGUGAAAAGCAAAAAAAUUUCAUUUCAACUUACAUAAGUUUAGGGAAUUCUUAAUGUGUUUCAUUUCAGUGUGUUCAUUUACGCAGUAGUUACUUAUACUUCUUUUAUAUAAUAAUAAUUGACUUUCGAAGAAUCGAGCAAUUUGAUUAUUUUUAAAUGGAUUAAUUAAGUAUCGUGUUAUAUAAGUGAACUAAAUAUUCGAUAGUUUUUUGUAAGACAAAUUAUUACAUAAUUAGAAGAUAAAAGUAUACAACGUAUUUUUGGUUAUUAAUAACAGUAACACAAGAUAACCAGUUUAAUCAGUGACCAGCCUUUCUGUCUUUAAGUUUGUGUUAAGCUAACCUCAAGCUCAUGAGCGCUAUGUAUCGCGAAACUAUUAUAAGAGUGGUAGGAAAGCAAACUUUAAAACAUAAAUUGCAAGACGCCACUUUUAAUUAUCUUUAAUCUGAUAUAAAAAACAUGGAUAUGCGUCAUGAACAGCGUAUUUUAUUUAACAAAUAAAUGAAAGAAGUAAAAUAUUUGUCAAAAAUUAAUUACUAUUAAUUGAAUUGAACACUGUAGUGGAAUCUUAGGCUAUAAAUUGUUUCGAGAUCCUUUAUUUUAUCUAAAUAUGUGAAUGAAAUAUUCAAAUCUAUUGUUAUUAGAAAACAAACAUAAAAGCUGCAAUGCAACUGUUAACGUAGAUAUUUGUUUUUAUAACUUAUGGCAUAUUUUUUUAAAUCUAAAUUGUGAUUUAACGGAACUCAUAUUUAAAUCACAUUAUAAUGUUUUGUGUCAUCCUGUAUAAUACGGAUUAACUGCACUUUUAUCGGUAUAUUUCAGUUGGUCCAAAAAAGAGAUUUGUUGCGCUUUUGUAAAUAAGUAUUACUCGAUUUUUAAACAGAUUUUGUUAUAGCUGUCAGAUUUGUUAUUUUUUUGUGAAUAAUUUAAGUAUAAAAUACUGUACAUAAUUUUAACUUAUUUUAUAAAGUUGUUAUUUAAGCAAAUAAGCAAAAUAAACGGUGAUAU